AUGCCGUUUGAGCAGUCGCUUCUCUUCUUGUUCGGAUUGAUGUCGAUUUUUCUUUAUUUACUGAUAGUCAGGACAUUGAAAAAGCAUCGGAAAACACCUCUACUGGGUGGGACCUUUUUCAAGUUGGUGGUUCUCCAGUUUUAUGCCGAAACGUUCUUUUUUCUGGAGUUUUCUUUGACAAUGAGGUUUCGAAAGUACACUGACUUUUAUUUGUUGUUUGAACCGGGAACUGAGUUCACUGGUAUUGUCCCACGUGUCAUUUCGGGAGUUCAUUAUUAUGUGAAGGUUGUCGUCUACAUUGGCUACACAGUGUUUGCUAUAAAUCGGUUGCUCAGUGCUCUUACGGUAUCCUCCUACAACUCGCAGAACAUUUCGGUUUGGGGACCUUCAACUAUAAGAUGGAUCACAAUCACUCAAUGGUCCGUUCCCAUACUGGCGGUCUUGCCUACUCAUGCAUGGCCAGAUUUUCAAUUCUUUCUUCAAAUCACUGCAACAGCUAUGCGUCUAAAUAAUGACGCAUUUUCUACAGCGCUUAUAUCAUAUGUAGAUGGAUUUUGUUGUCUAGCCACUUGUGUUUUCUGCAUUAUCUGUUAUAUAAUUACGGGAUUUUUGAUCCGUAAAAAUUGGAAACGGAAUUCAACUACAGUGUUUAAAAAGUCUAGUUCACAAUCAUCCGCUGAAAGAGGUCUUUUUAUAUCUGCCGUAUUAUCGUUUUGUGUUUUGAUGUUAAACUUGACGGUUCAAAUACUGAAGAUAAUUAUUUCCUGGAAUGAAAUGACGAACAUUUUGGCCGCUUAUGACAUUUCAUACCCAAUGGUGGACCUAAUGUAUUCACAUUAUCCCUGGGUGCUGAUUGUGACGUCGUCAGUGUUAAGGCGCCAGCUUGUUUACGACGUGAAAUUACUCAUAAGGAACACUUUGAGACUUGACGAAGCCUCAAUGAGCAUGUCAAGAAAUGGGCAAACGAAUGCGGCAUCAAAAACGGUUCCGGCUACUUGA